UCAUCCAAAAUGGCGGGUCAGGUUCGAGUGCUUCAACUCGAAGCUGGUCAAGAGUUGGAAACAAAACUAUUUAGAAUCGAGAAAGGAUGGACUUUACGCUUCACCUUGGGUCCUUCACUGCAACCUUACAAUGUUCACUUACUUUGCAACCACCCGCCAUCUGAUCAGCAGUCAUUUGAUAGAAAAAAGUACACAGAGUUGGCAUGGACAUGCCCACCUGGACAGGAAUGUGAUGAUGCUGAUAGAUUUGCAGAUAUUAUAGCACAUACUGCAGGAUCAUUUCAUUUCUAUGUCACUUACCAAAAUGGUGAAAACAAAGGAAAAGAAGAGAGAAGGACAACCUCAGGUUAUUUUUCUGUGGAUCCAGUUUUAAAAGUGAACAGCUCAGAAACUAUCCCAUUAGAGUGUGUAAGCUUACAGACUGUGCUGUCUAAGAGUUUAGGACCCUUGGAGGAGUGGAGCGAUCGACUUAGGGUAACCAAAGAAACUGGUUACAAUAUGAUUCACUUUACGCCAAUACAACAACUGGGAAAGUCAAACUCUUCAUACUCUCUGUUAGAUCAGCUCAGUGUCAAUGCUGCUUUUCAUUCACCUGGAAGAAAAAAUGCUUCCUUUGAUGGAGUUAAGGAUAUUCUUGACAAGAUGCGCAGUGAGUGGAAAGUGAUGUCUAUUGUGGAUGUAGUUCUGAAUCACACAGCUAACAACUCUCCCUGGUUAUGGGAUCAUCCAGAAUGCUCUUACAACUUGGACAACUCUCCUCAUCUCAAACCUGCAUUUUUGUUGGAUCGUGCCUUGUGGCAUUUCACCUGUCAAGUAGCUGAUGGGCAAUGGUCUGCAGAUGGUUUACCUGCAGAAGUGAACUGUGAAUACCAUAUACAUAGAAUAGGUGAUAUAUUGAGGCACCAAGUCUUGCCAAAACUACGGCUAUGGGAGUUGUUUAGUGUGGAUGUUGCAAAGGCAGUUGAUCAGUUCCGUACAGCCAUGCUGAAGGUUAAAAAACCAGGGAGUGGCUCUUUAAAACAUGAUGAGGAGCCACUUGAACUAACAGUAGGUCCAUCAUAUGAACGCUUUUCAGCAACUGUUGAUAUGGUAAAGGCUGUUGCAAAGUUUAACAGAGAACGUUCCGAUGCUUUGGAUGAAAAAGGACGGCUUCAAUUAUGUUGUGAGGACUUUAAAGCACAUCUCAAUAACCUCAAUGACAAUGUCAAGAACAGAGAAGUCACUGAUCAUAUUGAAUCUGCCAUCCAAAGUGUUCAGAAUACAGUGCGGUAUGAACGUCUGAAUGGGGAUGGCCCAAGACAUCCAAGAGUCACAAGAACAUGUCCUUUAGUAACAAGGUAUUUCACUACACCUGGCGACUGUGAUACAGUAGAAGAAGAGGAGAAGCUCAUGUAUUCGAACAAGGCAAAAUUUUGCAUGGCACAUCCAGGAUGGAUAUGGGGUGGUGACCCUCUAAGGGACUUUGCUGCCCCAGGAUCAUUUGUCUAUUUCCGCCGUGAAGUAAUUGCAUGGGGUGACAGUGUUAAACUUCGAUAUGGUAAAGGGCCAGAGGAUGUACCAUUUCUUUGGGAUUUCAUGUUGAAGUAUGUGAAGAUUUGUGCAAGGGUAUUUGAUGGUAUUCGCCUUGAUAAUUGUCACAGCACUCCACUUCAUGUGGCAGAGUACUUUGUAGAUGCAGCAAGGCGAGUGGAACCUGACCUUUAUGUUACAGCAGAAUUGUUCACUGGUUCUGAAGCUACGGACAAUAUUUUUGUGAACCGACUAGGAAUUACAUCUCUUAUAAGAGAAGCUCUAAAUGCUCCUGACCCACAUGAGGAAGGCAGGCUGAUUUACCUCUAUGGGGGUGAAACUGUUGGUGCUUUCAUGCACCCAUCAGCUGUGAAGCCUCUUGUGCCUGUCAUCGCGCAUGCUCUGUUUAUGGAUGUUACACAUGAUAACCCUUCACCAUUUCAGGUGCGAUCAGUUUAUGACUCAAUUGCCAGUUCAGCUUUAGUAUCAAUGGCUUGUUGUGCCACGGGUAGUUCCAGAGGAUACGACGAACUGGUGCCGCAUCAUAUCCAUGUCGUAAAAGAAGAUCGCUUGUACUUGUCUUGGCCAAAUGACAAAUCUAAACUUGAAAAAGCGGCAUUUGUGAAAGAGACUGAUGGUAUUAUCUCAGCCAAAAAAGCCAUCAAUGAACUGCACAGAUGGCUCGGUGAAGAAGGAUACACACAGGUGUAUGUGGACCAGAUUCACCAUGAUGUUCACGCCAUUACCAGGCACUGCCCAGACAAGAGAAAGACUGUCGUGUUAGUAGCACAUUCUGCCUUUCACCACCCCUCUGACCAUCUUCAACCCACUAAGGACAGGCAGGAGAUUCACAUGAGUGGUAUUCCACCACUAAACAUCCCAGGUGAGAUCAACGAAAUCAUUUUUGAAGCCAUGUUGCUGAAGAGGCAAGAUGCAAGUGAAUUUAUUAAAGAUGCUGAAUUUAUCAAUGGACUUCAGUCACAUGAAGUGCUACUCCAGAGGCAUAAACCACUCCAUGAGGCCAAGACUUGUCGUGCUGAACAGAAAGGAAAUAACAGUUUUGAAGUAUAUUUUGAUCAUUUCGCCCCGGGAAGUGUCAUUGCAUUUGAUGUCACCAUGGAAACCAACGUCAAGAAUGCUCUCGGUCAGUUGAGACAGCUUGGAGUGGAUUUGUAUGAGAAACAGUCUGGGAGCCAGGAGAGUUACAAAAUGAUUGAUGAGUUAGACGACAUACUCGCCAAUCUGUCGCUGUCCGAUCUCAACCGAGUGUUGUACCGAGCAGAUCCCGAAGAACGAGAUGAUGGUAAUGGUGGGGGAGUGUAUGUUCUGCCUGAUACAGGACCUCUUGUUUAUUGUGGUUUACAAGGUGUGAUAUCAGUGCUGGCCAAUGUCCGGCCGUUUGAUGAUCUCGCUCACCCUCUGUGUAGAAAUCUGCGGGAUGGAAACUGGUUGUUGGAUUAUGUUGUGGGAAGACUUCUUCCUUUUGUUGGUACAAGACAGUUGGGUGUAUGGCUUGACAAGGUUUUCAGUCUGAUCAAGGAAUGUCCAAGAUAUCUGGUUCCAUGCUACUUUGACGCCAUUAUCACCCCUCUUUAUCUUAAACUGCUGGAUCGAGCUUGGAGCCAGAUGUCAAGUUUUGUUCAAAAUGGCUCAUCAUUCCUCAAAGCCCUUUCACUUGGCUCGCUCCAGUUCGUUGGCCUGUCUCGGACAGCCUCGCUUCCAGCUCUGUCGCCCCAACUGUACCAUGGUCCAUCAUCUGGGGCUGACAUGCCAACUCUGAUGUCAUUAGCGGCUGGUUUGCCUCAUUUUUCUUCUGGCUUCAUGCGCUGCUGGGGGCGAGAUACGUUUAUUGCACUUAGAGGUUUAUUACUUGUAACGGGCAGGUACCAGGAUGCCAGACAUCAUAUCUUGGCCUUUGCUGGAUGUAUCCGCCAUGGCCUCAUUCCUAACCUGUUGGACGGUGGACGCAAGCCCCGGUAUAACUGUAGGGACGCCCCGUGGUGGUGGCUCCAGUGUAUUCAGGAUUAUUGCUCCAUUGUCCCGGAUGGGCUGAAGAUCCUGUCGGAACCAGUCUCCAGGAUCUUCCCUUCGGAUUGUUCUGAUCCGCAGCCGCCAGGCAAAACCGAUCAGCCUCUAUAUGACGUAAUACAAGAAGUUAUGCAACGCCAUUUCAACGGUAUCAGUUUCCGUGAGCGGGGAGCUGGGCCCGAGCUAGACAACCACAUGCAUGGUGCAGGGUUCAAUGUCUCUGUUGGUGUCCGCGAGAGCACUGGGUUUGUUUAUGGUGGGAGCCAGUGGAAUGCUGGGACAUGGAUGGACAAAGUUGGUGAAUCUCAUAUGGCGGGAAACUUUGGAGUGCCUGCCACUCCCAGGGACGGCAGCGCAGUUGAGAUAGUGGGUCUUUGCAAAUCAACUGUGCGUUGGUUAGCUGAGCUGUGUGAUCAAAAGAAGUUUCCAUAUGCGGGCGUGUCAAAACUUCAAGAUGGUUUUCCCGUAGAGUUAUCUUACAAGGAGUGGAGCUUGAAGAUUCAGAAUGCGUUUGAAGAACAUUUCUGGAUACCUGAGGAUCCUAAAGAUAAAAAGCAGCAAGGUGAUGAAGACAAAUUGGUCCACAGAAGAGGAAUUUACAAAGACACUGUCGGAGCUACUCACAGAUUUACAGAUUACCAGUUCAGACCUAACUUGUGUGUGGCUAUGGUUGUGGCUCCAGAGAUGUUUAACCCUGAAAAUGCGUGGAAGUGUCUUGACAUGGUGGAGGAAAUUCUCUUAGGUCCACUGGGCAUGGCUACAUUGGAUCCCAGUGACUGGGCGUAUGAAGGAGUUUAUGACAACUCGCAAGACUCCACCUCAUACAAGAGUGCUAAGGGAUUCGCUUAUCACCAAGGCCCGGAGUGGCUAUGGUGUACUGGCCCUUUCUUGAGAGCUCGGCUGUACUUCGCUAAAAAACUUCAUGGUCCAAAGGGACUGGAACUGGCAGUUGUGCGUGUAAAGAGCAUCCUGGCAAGACACAAGGUAGAGAUAACGAGCUCCCCCUGGCGUAGCCUACCAGAACUUACUAAUGCAGGGGGGGCUCCGUGUCAUGAUGGCUGUCCAGCACAGGCGUGGUCUGUCGGCUGCUUGUUGGAUGUGCUGUAUGAUAUGGAAAAGUUGGUCAAAGAUAAUUAAACUUAGUUUUUAUUAAUUAGUCUUUUUCUUCCCUAUCGUUGUUUUAAGUAACGCAACUUCUGUAACGUAACUCAAUGGUGGGUUUGCCACGCACGUUGUCGUCAUUAUGUGACGUGACUAUAAGUGGUCACGGAACGGGUUAGAUUGCGUGACUAUGAAACGGCAGCUUGCCUAGAAAAACUGGAAGGUUUAGGUAAAGUCGAAUAUCAUAGAGAUGUCCCUAGGUUAUUCCAAGUCAGAUUUCACUUAGGUAAGAUUUGCAAGUAAUGAUAAUGAUAAAUAUUUAGUUAAUGUUUUUUGGUGUAGAACUGACAUUUUCUAACUCGUGAAUGUUUUAUUGUUUGUUUUCAACUUCAGAUUUCUUUUUUGCAUUAGUUUAGGAAAGACUUGGAGCUUUCAAAGUAGUUAGGUGCAAAACCUUUUUUAAUGGCUUAUUUAAGAUGGGAUGUAAUUUUUUUCUCCAGGCCUGAUCCUCCAAUCCUAACGAAAAAACACAAAUAACGAAACAAAAAUGAAUAUUAGUUUUAAUGAAAAAACAAGAUGUAAUAGUAUUUUUGUGAAAUCGUAUGUAUACUUCAUCAACCGAAGUGUAAUUCCUUCUUUGCCCAACCUGAGAUCUAUAUGCGGGCUCUACCAUUUUAACGGUGUGUAUUGGCGCAUGCGCUUGAGCCUGCGCAGUAGAAAAGCACUUAGAGGGGAUUACAUCAUGGGAAAUCGUAGUGUCUCCAAUGUAGCAUCAAGUUACAACAUUGAAAAAUUAGUGAUUUCGUAGAAAGGAACUAAUUGCUCAGAAUAUGAAAUUGGUUAUGUAUAUUUUAUGUAGAAUGUCGAAUUUUUUUUUUGCUAUAGUAUUAUUUAUGCAAGUUAUUUCGUCAGGGUUAUUUUGCAUUUUAGGUGUAACGUGAGUUGUCUGUUCGUUCCACUGUACGU